GAACUCAACUCACUCUCACAGAUAAACCAAAGUCCCAUCUCUUCUUCAUAAUAUAGCCUUUCAACCAAAUCACAGUCUUUUUUUCUGAUCAAUGGCUUCUUAUGCUAUGUCUCUCCAAUCCAUCUCUCUGACAAGUCUCAACAACCUCUCUUGGAAUCACCAAUCUCAUCGUAGCUCCCUUCUCAGCUUCUCUAAAUCCUUCCAGAAUCUUGGGAUCUCAUCCAAUGGUCAAGAUUUCUCCUCUCGUUCAACUUUCACUCCCAAGAACCUCACUAUGUCUCAAGCUCUCUCCAAGAACUCUGGAGAUACUGAACAUUCUAGACCAAGUAAAGUUCAAGAACUGAACGUGUACGAGAUCAACGAACUAGACCGACACAGCCCAAAAAUCCUUAAAAAUUCAAUUAGCCUAACGUUCCGUCUCGGCGAUCUCGUCCCAUUCACCAACAAAAUCUACACCGGAGACCUCAAGAAGCGCGUGGGAAUCACCGCAGGUCUCUGCGUCGUGAUCCAACACGUCCCGGAGAAGAAAGGUGAACGGUUCGAAGCCACUUACAGCUUCUACUUCGGUGACUACGGCCACUUGUCCGUACAAGGACCGUACCUGACCUACGAGGACUCGUUCCUCGCCAUUACCGGUGGCACUGGGAUCUUUGAAGGUGCUUAUGGUCAAGUCAAGCUUCAACAGCUCGUGUAUCCGACAAAACUGUUCUACACUUUCUACCUAAAGGGUCUUGCUGGUGUUUUGCCGGCAGAGCUCACUGGAACUCCUGUUCCUCCGUCGAAGGACGUGAAGCCUGCGCCUGAUGCUAAGGCAUUGAAGCCUAGUGGAGUUAUUAGUAACUUCACUAAUUAAAUUCUUAAAGUUAGUUUUUUUGCUUAUAUAUAUAUUUUCUAAUAGA